GAUAGCUCGGAUUAACCGCCAAGAUGAGGUCUCCGUGGCGCUGGCAAGCAUGGAUGUGGAGCAGCUCCAGUACCGGGCAUCAGAGGCUUCGCAGACGCUCGCAUUGUGUGCUGAGCAUGAAGGAGCAGCGGCACAGAGGCCGACGGAAGCUUCUAUUCCCUGUCUCUGCGGCUUAGCGGUUGAAUGCAUCAACGUUGUGGAGCGUGCCGAACUCUCCACAGGGCUCGCGCGGCUAGUAACAGCUGGCUGCGAGGUGCUUUCUGCUUUGCUGCUACCCUGGGCAGAGGCUUCUGGCGAGGCUUGGAGCUUCGACUGGGUGCAGGAGACACUGGAGGACCUCAGUGAUCAGAUCGAUUUCCUGGCGUUGGAGGUCUACUGUGGCCUCGGACGCCUUGAGACGAAAGUGCACGAGUGGGAUGCGCUUCCGGUCGUGCUAGAUCCUGAGGAGGAGGAUGGCUUGGGGGUCUUCUGGGGCUCCAUCGAGCAUCGGCAGGCUCUUCAAGAGCUCUCAUCCUGGCUUCUUUGCGUGCUCUUCCGGGCACUGGGCUACACAUCUGUGUCAGGCCCUGCGCUGAUGGAGUUUACGAACCAUGACACGCUCUGCCUCUGCUCGCUGCUGCGAGGUCUGUUUGCCGGGAGACUGGGCGACGGCUCUUUGCCUCACGAUUUGGGCGAACUGCAAGCCGCCGCGCUUUCCGCGCUAUGCGGUCUCGCGGCACCGGAGUUGGCCUUCUACUGUUCUGAUGGUGGCGAGGGCGACAUCCAUGAGCAGAAUCGGGCGUUGAACUUCUACAUGGAGGUCUUAGCCUCUGCCAUGGUUGAGACGGGCGUCCUGGAGGCGUCCCUGGCGGCAGCUCUAGCGCUCUGCGGACGCAGCCCGCAAGAAGGGGGAGCUAUUGGAGCGAAGUUUCUCCAAUUCCUGGCUACGCUCCUGGUGCAGGUGGCGACGCAGGAUCCACCUGCUGUACCAGACGAAGCUUCAGCACCUUUGCAGAGACUUCGAACUCGCGUCUACCGUGCGGCAGACAAGCUAGGAAGUCUCCUGGAGGUGGUGGCUUUGUACGCUACUGACAUGGCGAUGCAACGAGACCUCGCCGCAAGUUGCGCCUGCCUUGCAGCAGCCAUGGUGCAGGAAAGCGGUCAGCCAGAAGGAUGCUCGGAGGAUCACUUCACGCUCGGCCGCCUGGGUGAGGCUGAACUGCCGCUUCCUUGUUGCCAACGGCUUCGACGCGGCAAACCUGGGUCGGAUAGAGGCAUCAGAGAAACCUGCCACCCUGGCGGCGCUAGGCAGCCUCGCCUGCAACGUCGGGGACCUGAACUUCGUGACUCCGACGCUCACAGAGCAGAUCGGCCAGAUGUCCCCAGAGGAUGUUGCUCGCGCACGACAGCGCCUAUCGCGUCAGGAUCGACAUCGACUGGUGUUGACAGCAUCGGGCGAUUCUCUGCUGGCACUCUUCGGUGA